GACUCAGUGCCUUUUUUCCCAUUCGUAGGAAGAUAACCGAAGAUGGAUUUUGUGGGAUUGGUGUCAGGAGGAAAGGAUAGCUGCUAUAAUAUGAUGUGCGCUGUGAAUGCUGGUCACCGUCUUGUUGCUUUGGCCAAUCUCCACCCGGGCGGUCGUGGAGAGCUGGACUCCUACAUGUACCAAAGCGUCGGUAGCGAAGGAGUUCAUAUUAUAGCUAAGGCUAUGGAUCUGCCGCUCUAUCGGAGAGAAAUUACGGGCAAGCCUAUAAACCAGGAUUUCGACUACAACACGACAACUGGUGAUGAAGUCGAAGAUCUCUACGAACUGCUGAAGAGUGUCAAAGAACAUCAUCCUUCCAUACAAGGUGUUUCUGCUGGUGCCAUUUUGUCGAGUUAUCAGAAGUUACGACUAGAGAAUGUUUGUCGACGGCUGAAUCUUACUCCUUUGUGUUUUUUAUGGGAGCGAGAUCAGGAGGAGCUGCUCCAAGAAAUGAUCUCCAGCGGACUAAAGGCAGUGCUAGUGAAGGUUGCUGCUGUUGGACUUGACAAGACCCACUUGGGAAAAUCCCUUUCAGAGAUGGAACCCAUUUUGAUGCGGCUUCAUGCGAAGUAUGGCGUUCAUCCAUGUGGUGAGGGUGGAGAGUAUGAAACAUAUGUGUUAGAUUGCCCAUUGUUUAGCAAGGCCAUUGCUAUCGAUGAUUCAGAGGUUGUUACUCAUCAAGAUGAUCCAGUUGCGCCAGUUCAUUAUCUGCGAUUGUUAAAAUUACGUUUGGUCGAUAAAUAAGGUCCUAUUAUGUCAUUAGCGGUUGUUGUUGUUGUAGUAAGCUGUUAUGUUGUUACAUGAUAUUCUGCUUCUCAGGUUCCUUGUCUGUCUGCGAUUGAGG